AUGAACCACCGUUCUUCUUCUAUUGGAGUUCAAUCCCCUUACAUUCCAAGUAAGAAUUUUAAGAUUCAUUUAAAACAAACUUUACCCCUUGAAUUUACUGACCUCUUUGUUCUGGAUGUUGGUGAAGAAAUCACCUCAAUGGACAUCCCCAGUCUUCUUAGCUCAUUCCUCAACUUCCUUGGUCGGGAGGUGGCUCACCAUACGGGUAUUGAUGGUGUUGUUCAACGACUUCGCCAAAUGUGUAACGAGGCGGCUUCUUGCCCUUCUGAGCCACAUCGUUCCUACACCAUUGAAGAUGUUUCCAAGAACCCAGAAUUACUUCGGAAGAUGGCCUCGGUGCUACAGAACGGAGAUUCCUUUGACUGCCGAAUUUGCAUAUCUCCUCUAGUUGAGCCAACCAUUACAUGUUGUGCACAUAUGUUUUGCAAAAAAUGCAUAUUAAAGGCUCUCUUAAAGAAGAAAUCAUGCUGUCCACUGUGCCGCCACCAUCUUUCUGAAGCAGACCUCUUUUCCGCCUCAUCUGACAAACCUUGUAAUGAAGAUGAAAAUAAUGAUAUCCUAUCUUCCGGCGUAAUUGCUAAUUGCUCCUCCAAAGUAUCAACCUUGUUAAAUCUCCUGGUGUCAUCUCGCAAUGAGAAUCACUUGGCAAAACUAGUGGUGUUCUCACAAUUUGGAAAUAUGUUGAGUUUACUCGAAAAGCCACUAAAGGCUGCUGGCUUUGAGACAGACCUUGAAACUAAAUGGAUGGAAGAGUUCGGAAAGGAGGGAUGA